UCAAAGCCGCAUGCAAAUGAGCAAAAAUGUAAACAAUGACGUCAGCAUGAAUCCCUUUGAGUAAGGCAAGCCCAGAAAUGUUAAAAUGUGAGUAAGAGGCCUGUAACCACAAGGCGAACUGUUGUCGGCUGCUAAAGGCGUUUAAUUUUCCUCAGGUCAACGGAGAGAUUUCACAUUGUAACAUUGAUUUCACAUGCACAACAUCUGACAGCCGCUCAUAACAGUAGCUUGAAUAAGUAUUUCCGUUAUCUUUUGCCGGGGCUCCAAAAUUAGUGGAAGGAAAACUCUGAGUUUGAUUCAGUACAUACAAUGAGUAUGUAUGGAAAACUCUUUUCCAUUUGAAAGGUUCUUCACAAAUGAGCCAUUCACUGGUGACAAACUUGUUCAAGUGGCCGAAAACUGAACAUUCUAUCAUUCCAGCAAUCGUGUUUAGUGGCGUCUCUUGUUAUCUGUUAUUUUAUAUACUCCUGUCACGCGCCUGUUGAAACCUAUUGGUAGUGCCCAAUCCUCCGCCUAUUCUACCCGUCACAGAAUUCGAAAAAAAUGCGACAGCCUCCAAAACAAGCGGCUUCAGCCAUUCAAGCGUGGCUUUUCUUUAUUUUGGAUGUUCCAGUGCUUGGCUUGUCGUCCAGCGUCGCAAGUACCAUGUGACCGGCUUAUGCAAAGGACCUAACACAAACUACUACGAGCCAAAUUGACUUGUUACGGUACAAUCAAACUCUAACUUAGAGGUUCAGGGAACUGAAACAAGAGGAACUAUAUUGGUUUGGAAGGAAAAUGAAUCGGUGAUUUCUUUAAUUUGAAUACAUCGAGUAUGCCUAUUGUAUUGAUAAAAGGAAAUAGCUGCUGUAAAAUCUCUGCAAUCUGGGGGAAAAAUUCGCACAGAUUACAAAGCAUAUAAAACCCCAAGUGAAAGUUUAUAAAGUGGGAUUCGCCGGUGCGUUCAGAACAGAUUCUGCUUAGUUUAUCUUGCUUGAGGAUCACUCAAGUGAAACCACGCGAGAAAAGAACUCAUUAACAAAAACUGUACUUGCUCAUAACAUACGAUUAUAGCACCAGUGAACAACGUCUCUUAACAGAAGUGGGUAGAAAAAGCUAGAAAGCCUGACCACCGAUGGUCUUUCCUUCGGGCCGUCAAAGUGUCGCUUAUUUCACGUGACAAGAAUUUGCUUUGAGAGUAUUGAUCGCUCGGCUGACUUGCAGGGUGACAUUGGACCUGCUGUGAUACCUGCCCUGCCCUGCUCCGCUUGCACGCUCUGAAGGUCACGGCUAUUCACCCGUCUGACUAGUGCUUGUUUUUGUGCGUCUCAGGUUUCACGGAGGCUGAUAUGAGCCGUCUGAUGUUCGCCUGUUUGCUUCUUUGCCUCGCACUUGUCGUUGACGCACAACAAGCAGAACGGACGACCGGAAGUGACGUCACAGAUGAGGAGCCUCACCCCUAUACCAUUUCAUUCUUCCUGUUUCCACGUCAACAGACUGUUGAGUUAGACGACAAGGGGAAGUCUAAAAAUGCAACUGAACAUGAUAAGUCAAAUAGCACUCAAGCGGAGGGGAAACAUCCCUCGGAAAGUCCGCAGGAUGAUGACCCAGACCUCUCGUAUCAACACGGUAGCGUCAAGCACCCCGCCCAUGAAAUGUAUCCCAUGUGCCACCACUGUCCGAAGAACUCCUCGUACGAAGAAUGUGUUCACAAACGCACGCUAAAGAGAUGCGACAAUGGUUUAUCUAAUAUCUGCUUCACGAAGAGUACCAAAAGAGAUAAGAUAGUUCACUAUCAUAUGGGCUGCGCAAAUCACAAAGAGUGUAAAAAGGCCAGAGCAAAACCUUGUAAAGCUCACGAGAAGCGCUGUUUCACUUGCUGUCAGUGGAGUGGAUGUAAUUCAAUGUCUCACCAUGAAGACACAACUGCUUUUUCACUCUGGGAUGCUGGUCACGCGAUCAGCAUUGGGUGGGGUAGCCUGGGUGUCAGUUUGGUGACGUUCAUUAUGAUGUAUUUCAUUUGAAGGGAACAACCUUCAACACUAACAUGUACAUAGCGUUUGGUCGACUCAGUCUGGCAACACAAAUGGACUUUGGUUGUAUUUUUCAGACUCAAGAGACUUUAUUUGACCAUGCUAUUCUUACGAAAGCAGAUCUUUGCCUGAAUACCUUUCAAUACUGUUUCAAGCUCAGAAACUGUAAAAUAUAUAAACCAAAACACGGUAUUGUCCAUUGUUAUAAAUGGCACAUUGUUUACACAGUUCGUCUUUGCUGAGCUCUUGUAAUAUAUAUCUUUUUCAUGGUAGUUAGUAUGGGAUCAUAGUGAUGUGCCGCGAAUCAGUAGCAGUGGUUUUCCAAUGAAGUUUGAAAGAGCUGUGUAAUCAACAGUUUAACCAAUGAGAGUGAUGAUGUAUCUGAGUCUCUUCACUAAAAUCUCUUCACUAAAAGUGAUUUAAUUAUUGUAUACCCCAAUAAACCACUGACUUUCACGAUGUCAUAAUUUGGCUGCACAACUGCCAGAAUGUAUUUCCUUCAAACCCCAGAGGAAUUUAAAAAGCAAAGUGAAGGAUUCCGGAUAGUUGUAUCGGUCUGCUCAGUUCACAUAACUGAGGACGCCUAACUGUGGCUGGAAAAGCAACGAGAAAUAAAACUGAGAAACGUA